AUGUUACUCACGCUGUCCCAACCGACCAGAUCGGACUUUGAGUUCAAGCAUCCCCAUGAUUACCCUCCGCCCAAGGCCUACUCGCCGACCGCUCGACUUUCGCCCCAGGUGACCAGCGGCCCCAGCCCGCUCUCGCAGUCACUGCCGGCCAGUGCCCCCAGCACGAUGAGCACCUCUCAUCGCGGCCUCCCGCCGCCCGCAGCCAUGACCCUGCCGGACCCCAGCCGCACCGCCCCGCCGCCCAUGUCCGUCUCGCAGUCGCUGGGCCAGAUGCCCGCCCCGCCCGCCCAGUGGCAGGGCGCCGAGGAGUCGAUGCGCAACUGGCUGUCGGCCAAGGCCGAGGAGGACAAGAGGAAGCAGGAGGAGGAGAGGACCCGCCAGGAAUCGCUGCGCCUGGAGCAGCGCAAGAUCGAGCAGUCGAUGCUGCGCGAGUCGAUGCAGGGCGGCGUGCCGCCGCACCUCGUGCCCAUCAUCUUCGCGGGCAUCGGCGGCGGCAGCUCCGCCGGCGUCACUGUCGACUGGCUGCAGCAGUACUCGGUCCAGCUCCAGGCCCAGCAGCAGCAGGCCCUCGCCCAGGCCCAGGUGUCGCCGGACAUGCGGAGGGGAGAGCAGCGCGUCAUCAAUCCCGCCCCGCCGGCCGUCUACGCGGGCGCGCCGCCCGUCGUGGGAGCACUCCCAGGCCAGGCCCCGCCGGCCCAGCCUGCCGCCGGGCCCUUCUCAGCGCCCACGUACGCGCCGGUGGGCGGCAUGUCGCCGCGAGCGCGGGCGGCGUCCAACUACCCCCAGCACCCCAAGCCGCCGGCGCACUCGCAGCUGCCCCGGCUCACGACGAACGAGAUGCAGAUCCAGCCGCCGCCGCAGGCGCAGACGCUCAGCACGAUCCAGCAAUCGCAGCAGGAACAACCGCAGACGUCAUCGCCCUCGAUCUACUUUCACCACUGGGUGCCCCCCACCACCCAGUCCAGCUCCGGUACGAAUCCUUCCGCGACGCCGUCAGACUACGCGAGCUCGCCCAAGAAGCGUAAGGCGCAGGGAGCGCACCAGGCAGCACCGGCGCCCACCUCUGCGCCGCAAUAUACCUCGCCCUCGUUCUCGCAUGUCUCGGGCUCAUCAACGUCAACGCCAGGCCGGCGAGGUCACGCACGGACCCGCAGCGACCAGUCGUCGCGAGGGUACGCAACUGAGCAGACGCAGUACACCGGCCGGAGCAGGGCCGGCACGCACACGGGUGCCGAAUCGAGCUCAUAUUCCGACCGGCAUGCAAGCCACGAUGCUCACCGACGAGGGGAGCAGCAGCAGCAGCAACCGCUCCAGGCGCCGCACGGCGCCGAGGAGCGUGGGAACCAUGGCAGCGACGGCGAGGGCUCGGAGAGGUCCUCGCUAGUCCAGCGUGAAACGCGGCCGUCAGUACAAGCGUCCCAGGGCUCGCGUCCCAGCACGCCGAAGCGGGAAGCGGGGGCUGGCCGGCCAUGA